CUAAAACAAACGUUACCCACCCCUUUCCCUCUUCCUUCUGUCAUCUUCUUCCUUCUGUCUUCUUCUUCCUAAACAGGCCAUUUCCAUCUUGUUUUUUCAGGAACAACAGGCCGUCACCCCUUUAAUUUUUCAGGAACAACAGGCCGUUUCCAUCUUGUUUGCUCCACUCACUUUCCUCUCUUACUUCUUUCAUUUGCUUUGAAAUGUCAGAAUGUUCGAGUUUUUCACAUAGUCGUCGAAGGAUGUGUGGAUGUGGAGUUGCUUCACUCUAUCUCACAUCGCGGUCUGAAAUAUAUCCCGGAAGAUGCUUUUUCAAGUGUCAUAAACCUGAUAAAACUGGAUGUGGUUAUUGGGAAUGGGAAGACGAUGAAUUUCCACCAAGAGCUAUUAUUUUCAUUAACAAAUUGAAAAGGGAAAAGGAUGCUCUUCUUAAAGAAAGACUUGGAAACAUGGUGCUUGGAAACAGGGUGGAAAAAUUAUUUCUUAUGUUUUUGGGUUUCAUUAUUGGAUUUGUGGUUAGUUUUAUGUUUUGAGGGAAGACUUGAAAAUAUGAUUGUAAUUGUUUAUGGUUGUAAUUGCUUAUGGUUGUUUUAGUUGUAUAAUUUAGAUGUAUUGUAUUGUAAUGGUUGGAUGAAAAUGGUUGUACUAUGCAUUGUAUUAUUUCUGAUGUAAUGGUUGAAACUAUGAUUGUAAUUUAAAUGCAUUGUAAUGCUAUGGUUGUAAUUUCUCAGCAA